AUACCCUCCCCUCCCUAGAAACCCGGAUCCUCCAGUUUUAACAGUUGCCAUCUUUGCCAGAACAUUCUAUUUAUGUGUCAUCUAUCUUUCUGUCUAUAGUUUCUUUUAAGUAGACGGUGAACUCUGAGAAGGCAGGAAAUUUUCCCGUCUUGAUCUACAGUGUCAUAUCUAGCAUAGUAGGUGCUAGAUAAUUAUUUGCUUGUUGCGUGAAGAGACUGUCAGAAAACGUAUGUAGGUGCCUGCGGAGGGGUGGAGGAGAGAAGGAAAUGAAUAAGCCUUCUUCCAGACGUGGUUAAAUUUAAAAAAAAUAUAUAUAUAUAGAAGAGGAAGAGAAAAAAGUAAAUUCUGCCAAUAUUUAUUGUUAUGCUAUCGUCUUAUGUCGAGCUCUUGCUCCGGGCUGGGCACUUUUGUCAACUCUUUGGCCUCAUGUUUACAUGGAAUCUUCACGGAAGCCCCACGUUCAUCACCAACAGCCAUUUUCACGCCGGUUGUGCCAACGAGGAAACCGAGGUUGCGAAAGGGGCAGCCAGCUGGCAGGUGGCAGAGCAGGAACUGCCACCCCCCGCCAUGGGUCUGCUCUGGUCACCGCGACGAGAUCUGGGACAGUGAGCGGGGAGGACGCGCCCGGCGGUGCAGAACAUGUCUCGGCCACUCCGCAUCUCCCCUGCCGCAGGAGGCCGCAGCCCCCCGUGCCCAUGGCCACCGGUCCAGGCCCCUCGCUCCCCGGCGCCUUCGAUGUCCUAGGCGCGGCCGGCCGGGACAAGCUCUUGUACUUGAAGCACAAACUGAAGACACUGCGCCCGACCUGUCGGGCAGCAGACCUUCUGCACGCUAUGGUGCUCCUGAAGCUGGGCCAGGAGACAGAGGCCCGGAUCUCGCUGGAGGCGCUGCGGGCGGACGCGGUGGCCCGGCUGGUGGCCCAGCGGUGGGCCGGUGCAGGCGGCACCACCGAGGCCCCCGAAGAGCCCUGGGAUGUGUCCUGGACUGUGGCCCAGCUGUACCACUUGCUCACUGAGGAGAAGCUGUGCCCGGCCUCCCUGCGGGACGAGGCCUACCAGAAAGCUCUCCGGGUCCUGAGCUCCAGGGACGACCCUCGGCUGGGCGAGCUCCAGGGGGAGGCCCGGGACCGGUGCAGUUGGGACGUCGUCGGGAACCCGGGGGGCUUCCGGACCCUCCGCUCCGAACUGGCCUGCCUCCCGCCGUCCUCGGUGUCACCCUCGGUGACCCGGAGCCUUCCGCAGCCCAUCGGGGGCCCGUCGGGCUGGAGCCAGGGGUGCUCCCUGCGAUCAACGGGCACCCCGGCCUCCUUGGUCAGCAACUUGGAGAUCAGCCAGUCACCCACCAUGCGCCUCCUCUCUCAGCAUGUCACCCCUCGCGGGCCCAGCAGGCUCCGUGACGAGUCCCCGGCCCAUCCGGUGCCCGAGGAGAUGAGCUGGCCCUCCUCCCUGGAGACGGCUGGUCCCCCAGGGAGACCCCACAGUCCAGCCCCCAGCCUGCCCACAGCGGCCCCAGAUCUAAACCCUGCCAGCCUCCCGGGCCCCUCUGCCAUCCCGGAAACCAGCUCCCACCGCUCAGUGGAGUUCACAGAGGUGUCUGAAUUCCCCAACUCUCUCCCUUCUUGCCCCGCCAAGGCCCAGACAUCGCUCCCACUUUCCGUGGAAGACACGGCUUCCCAGAGAGCCACGCCAUGUCCACCUACCCCCUCAGACCCCAAAGUAUCCUACCCCUCUCCUUCUCCAUCGCCCCUUCGCUCGGCUACGCCUGUCUCCACCGCUGCCUCCUCCUCCCCGUGCCCUCCGCCCCCCAAGCUGGAGUCGUGCAAGCAGAAAUUCUAUAACUUCGUGAUCCUCCACGCCCGGGCAGAUGAAUGCAUCGCGCUGCGCGUCCGGGAACGGCUAGAAGCCCUCGGUGUGCCAGACGGGGCCACCUUCUGUGAGGAUUUCCAGGUGCCCGGGCGCAGUGAGCUGCGCUGCCUCCGAGAUGCCCUCGACCACUCGGCUUUCGCUGUCUUGCUGCUCACUGCCAAUUUCGACUGCCAGGUGAGCCUGCACCAGCUCAGCCAGGCCCUGAUGGGCAGCCUCACACGGAAUGGCUGGCAGGACUCCGUUAUCCCCUUCCUUCCCCUGGAGAGCUCCCCGGCCCAGCUCAGCCCCGACACGGCUGGCCUGCUCACCAGCCUGGUGGUCCUGGAGGAACGCUCCCCCAUCUUCGCCAGGAGGGUGGCCAACACCUUCAAGCCCCAGAAGCUGCGGGUGCGAAGAGCCAACUGGGAGAGGGAGCAGGGGGCCCGGGCGCUGCGGGAGCAGAGCCAGCGCCUGGCGGGCGAGGGGCAGUGGGCCGCGGAGAUGAACGCUGCCUACUCAGCCUAUUUCCAGAGCUAUCUGGCCUGGCAGGGGCAGAUGGAGAAACUGCAGGCAGCUUUUGGGGCCCAGAUGUCACUGGGGACUCAAGUGUCCUCGGGGAUUCAGGGGGCCUUGGGAUCGCAGCCGCCCUUCCCGGUGUGGCCGGGCUGCCCUCAGCCACCCCUGCCGCCCUGGCUGGCUGGCACCCCACCUCCAGCCUUCCCUCAUCCCCCAGCCUUCCCGCCCCCUUCCCCAGGGCCCCCCCAGAGCCCUGGGGUGCAGCCCCUCAUCAUCCACCAUGCACAGAUGGUCCAGCUGGGGCUGAAUAACCACAUGUGGGCACAAGGAGGGGCCCAGGCCCCCGAGGACAAGACACCAGAGGCGGAAUGAGCCAGCGACAGGGCCUGAGGACCCGGCGGUCUAGCGGCCACGUGGUGGGCAGGAUCCCUGGGACCCUCCCCAGGCUGCCACCCCAGUGUCCCCGUUCUCCCACCCUGGGGGGCAGUGGAAGCUGGGGCCAUCUGCUACUUUGGGGACAUUGCCACGGAGGCCUCCAGCUCUCAGGAAGAAUGCACGACGGUUGCAGAGAACUUGCCGGCUUCAGGAUGGCGGGAACUGAACGUAGUGUUUACAGAUUGUCUCUUUUUGGAGGACUGGGGGGUCCUUUAGGGGACGGUGGGGUGGUGAGAAAUGCGCUGGGGGAUAUUAGC